AACCACGGUAGAAUGCCACUGCGAGGUCGCAUAUCCAGUAGUUAUCUUGGACUAGAAAUAAUUAUUAUCAUCACAGAGCAUGCAUAAUUAUUAUCACCCUUUUUUGUGUCAUGUUCAUCAUCUUCUAAAUGCAUGCACCCUUAUUUAAAAUGGCAUUUUACUAGAGUACUUUGUUUGUUCUGGGGUGAAAUAAAAAUGCACAACAUGCUGUUCUGCACCCAAUCAGUAUGUCUACAGCCCGUAUCAGAUGACCUGAAUGGCCCAGGGCCAAAACGUGUCAAAGCGUGGAAGAAUGUGAAGAGGGGUUGGCUAAGCUGUGGAGUGCAUGUGCACAGAUUGUACAAGGGGGACAUGAGGUGUUGAAAUCAACACAUACACUGAAUGAUUUUUAAAGGAAAGGGAAUUUUGGCAUACAACUGUAUUUUCAAGUCAAGUCGGAAGGACCUUGAAAAAGAAAUGGUAUGUGUUGAAAAACGGAGAGAUACGAAGUUUUCAAAGCAAAGAGGCCUGUCAACAAAAUGUGGAUAUGUACCAGGACUGUAUUCCUGUCAAUAGCGUGCAAACCGUGCGUGCAGCUAAUGAAAGUCAUGGCGUCGAGGUGGUCACCCAGCAAAAAGUCAUCAUACUGGUUGCAUCGAAUGCCGAGGAUCAACACAAAUGGAUCAGGGCGAUAUAUGAGGCCAUGAAGGACAAGAGGCCUCGGUCGCACUCCAGCCCGGAACACAGAACCGACAACGAGUCAAAAGCAAACAGGAAAAGAUCAUCAACGGGACCAAAGAUAAGCAUCGGUCGAAUCUUUUCCGGGUUCAACAGGAGAUCAACAGAUGAAAUGAGCCAGGAACAAGGCCAGAGCAAGUUUUACUUGGAACCACAGCAGCCGGCGCACGCCGAGAUCGGUGUCCAGGCCAACAUACCGCGAACUCGAGAGUGUCAGAGGGUGGAGGAAAGAGAGGAAGAGGGAGAAGACCUGACUGACGAUGUCUUCGAGACAGAUGUAACGGCUGUUGACACCUCUCAAAAACAAGAGCUGGACGCUCAGAUGUCUAUGCUCUUAACAGAGUUGGAACACCGAAGUCCUCUUGGCAGCAACCCCCUGCCUGAUAAUUCUCAAGACACAGGGGAUAAUGUUCCUUCUACGCAUAUAUCAGAGGCAGUCUUAGACACAGGCACUGAUCUGAAGGAAGAUGGAAUGCGUGAACUGGAGUCGAUGUUACAAACCUUCCUGUCGGCUAGUGAGGACGGACAUGACAACACGGAUCAGGAGUUAGGCCGUGACGUCCAUGACUAUAGUGAAGAUGACGAGGAGGGACCAUUAACAAGUAAAACACGAAGUGAAAAAUCUGCCUUCGAAGAACUUGAAACACUGCUACGAACCACUUAAACUGUAUUCUUAUUGACGUAAUUGAAUGACUACAGGAUAAAUUAUAAUUCAGGCCUUCACUCGACCCAGCCAGAAUUUAGAAAUGUGUCAUCAGUAAUCACCACUAUUCCCGUAAUUUGGGCAAGAAUUUAGCAGCGACAAAAAUGUUUUGUAGGUUGGUAACUUUCAAAAAUAAAAGAAAACUUAUACAUUGUAUUAAUUUCAGUUUAUUUUUAAUUUGGUGGAUUUCAAACCACAUCAGGGGUACCUCAAUAAAGGUCAUAAAAAUCGUUACAUAUUAGUUUCUUCUGGGAUGAUUAUAUAUGAGACUCUGGUAAGAUAAUAGAUUUAGGGAUGUUUUCGUAAACACAGUGUCCUUUAUCAUAUGUAGGCUAUUUUCACCAACUCGGGUUUGCAUUUAUGACCUAUUUUAUCGUCUUGACACCUGGUUAGUGAUAAAACGCAUGGAUCUUGAAUGAUCGUUUUAAGCCUUUUGGAGCACCUUGUUUUAAUAAUACGAAAUUGAAUUACAUAUUCGUCAUGCAUUAAAAAAGUAAUGCAUGUACAUGCAUUAAAAAUU